AUGGAUCCGCCCGAUCCCCUGCCCCUCCGCAUCACCAGGAGCGCCUCCUCCUCCUCGUCUCUCCACUUCAAGUCGCGCGACCGAAAACUACACUUGCUGGUCGCUGCUACCGGACCCCGCGACAUAUCAUGGGCUCAGGCUCUCGUCGUGCGGCUCUCCAAGAGUUCCGCCAUCGAAAUGCGCGCCAUCGUCGACGAUGCUGUCCCGAGACUUAGCCAGACCGUCACAACGCUGCAAAACCGAUCCAUGAGCCCUCCCCUGCCACCCGCGCGCGCCGUCGACGCCGACGUCGAGGAUAUCGAGUUUUACCGCCAGCAGGCCUUCGAACUCGUCGAGUGGGCUGAUCUUAUGGUCCUGGCUCCCAUCGAUGCCGACAACAUUGCCAAGAUGUUGGCCGGCAUUGCAGAUACCUUUCUCCUCGAGGUUCUGAGAGGCUGGGACACCACAAAGAAGAUUUUGCUGGUGCCAGGCAUGAGCACGCACAUGCUGGCAAACCCCGUCACAAAACGCCAGCUCAACAAGAUCAACAGCAAAUGGACCUGGAUACGCGCCAUGACCCCGAUUCUGUGGCACUACGACGGCUCGUCAAAGAACCCAAAGCGUAUCGUCAACUGGAAUGGCUUCAACGAUGUAUUGUUCUUUAUCAAGAACCAGGCCGAUCUCCUUGGCCUCGGUCGUGAUGUCGACGUUGUCACCCACCUCGGCUACCUCGCCUCUGGUGACCCACGAGUCUAUUCGAAUUUGCCGCCCGAGAUCUGGACCAUCAUCCUCGAUUACGCCGGCGACUGGGAGCUUGCACAGGCCUUAGGCAUCUUCACCAACCUUCCUAUGCCUCAUCCAUGGACACUACAGCCCAAGGAUCCCCGCGACUCGAUAAAGGUCUACGAGCAUGAGCUGGAAUGGCUUGUUCUGACCUGCGACACCACUGCCAUCUGCAAAAAGUUGCUGCAAUCGCCACCGAGUCUGCAUGACCUGCCCGCGCUCGUCGUCGGGCUUCUCAUCAAAUUCUCCCUCAUCGACGUCCUCAAGUGGAUGGAAGCGAACCGACCCGACCUUUUCAAGCAUGCAUUUGACGGCAAGGUUCUCCCCACGAAAGCAUCAGCCUACUUUGGUCGACCCGACGUUCUGGACUACUGGAAAGAGAGCAAAUAUUUCCGUGGCAAGCAUCAACAGUGCUAUGAUGCCGAGGCUGUAGACGGGGCUUCCAAGAACGGCUUCAUUCAGGUUCUGGACUGGUGGUGGCGCCACUCCGGACUGCCCUUGCGUUUCACCGAAGCAGCCUUGGAACAAGCCAGCGGCAAGGGUCAUCUCCUAGUCCUUGAAUGGUGGCGAGAUGCGGCUGUCCAGGACGAGCGAAUCGUCCUCCGGCCAGGCAAGUCUCUCCUAUGGGCGGCGCAACAUGGGCAGAUUGAUGUCAUUCGCUGGUGGAUGGCCUCUGGUAUUCCUGUCGCCCAGGGUGAUAGCGUCGCGAAGGUGGCCUCGCGAUGGGGCCAGGUCGACGUCCUGGAGCUGUGGAGGAAGCUCAAGGGAGAUGACAAAAUCGCAUUUGACCACGAAGUCCUCGUCCAACCAACCAUUCAUCAGCAUAUCGGAGUUCUCGAGUGGUGGCGCAAGUUUGCAUACGGAGAGUUGGACGGCAUGGACGGACGAAAACACCGCGUCGAAUACCGCACAUGCGACAUCGAAGAAGCGUUGGAGGACAGCAUCGGCGACCAAGAGCCGGUGCGCAGGUGGUGGGCGAGUAACGGGCUCAAUCUCGGCCUUCGUAACGUUGAAUGGAUGCGGGCCAGGUGUUUGUAG